AUGUCUCAAGGUACUUUAUUCAUUUCUCCAUCUCCAAGAUGUCAGGCAGCUGUUGCUAUCGUUAACCACUAUAAUUUAGACAUUGAAGUUGUCAACAUCAAGUCUACUGUCUGUAAAGAUUUCCAAGAAAAAUUCACUUUACAUCAAGUCCCAGCUUUCUUAGGUCCAAAGGGUUUAAGAUUGACUGAAAAUGCUGCUAUCUUAUCCUAUUUGAUUGAUUUGUUACCAGAAAAGGACCAAAAAUUAUUAUUUGGUUUCACACCAAUGGAAAAGAUUCAAGUUUUAAGAUGGUAUUCCAUUGGUAAUUCCAACCUUUUCUCUUCUAUUGCUGGUAAUUUCUUGAUGUUGUCUGGUAUCUAUCAAUACAACAAGAAACAAGUCGAUUCUAAUAUGCAAACUAUUGAAUUAUACGCCAAAUUCUUUGAAGAAAGAUUGGUUGACUACACAUACUUAGCCACUGAAAACAUCUCUGUUGGUGAUGUUCAAUGUUUCUCUGCUUGGGCUUUUGCUUUCAGCUCUAUCUGUGGUUCUGAAUUUAGAAAGAACCACCCAUACUUGGUCAGAUGGUUCAACACUGUUCUUGCUUCUCCAAUCGUUUCUGAAACCUAUGCUGAUUAUAAGUUGAUUGAUGAACCAAUCAAAUAUAAUCCACCAAAAAAGGAAAAGAAAGAAUCUAACAAGCAACAACAACAACAAAAGAAGAAGGAUGAAGAACCAAAGAAGGAAUCUACUGAAUCUAAUGAUGCUGCUCCACAAAAGAAACCAAAGCAUCCAUUGGAAUUAUUAGGUAAGUCUACUUUCGUCUUGGACGAAUGGAAGAGAAAGUAUUCCAACGAAGAUACUAGACCAGUUGCCUUACCAUGGUUCUGGGAACAUUACAACCCAGAAGAAUACUCUUUAUGGAAGGUUGAAUACAAAUACAACGAUGAAUUAACUUUAACUUUCAUGUCUAAUAACUUGAUUGGUGGUUUCUUCAACAGAUUAACUGGUUCCACCAAAUACAUGUUCGGUUCCAUGGUUGUCUAUGGUGAAAACAACAACAACGGUAUCAUUGGUGCUUUUAUGGUUAGAGGUCAAGACAACGUCCCAGCUUUCGAUGUCGCUCCCGAUUGGGAAUCUUACUCCUACACUAAAUUAGACCCAACCAAUGAAGACGACAAGGAAUUCGUUAACAACAUGUGGGCUUGGGAUAAGCCAGUUGUUGUCAAUGGUGAAAACAAAGAAAUUGUUGAUGGUAAGGUCUUGAAAUGA